GUUCUACUUCAAGCAGCUCAGUUGAAAUUGAACGCGAACGGAACUCUGACUAAAUCUCAGUAAACACAAGUGCACACAGAUAUCUGAUGGACGCCGCUCGAUAUUGGCACUUGCUGCUGCUGGCCUGCGUUGUUGUGGCUCAAAGUCAGCUGACGAAUGGCCAGCAAUCCGAGGGGUCGAUGUCGCCAUGUGGCUUAGCGGAAAUUUGCGUCACCGAACAGCGCUGCGCCGAGUCGGACGAUUCGGGACGCGGUGCGAUUGGGCCAAGGAUGGCGCGCGUCUGCGGCGAAGGGCUUGUGUGCUGCGACCAGGAGCAGCUCGACAGCUGGGACGCCGAGCAGAACAGGACGGAUGCGCAGAAAGCCACAAUCACACCCACAACCAGAACCACCGAGGAAUCCUACUACGAGAGCUGCGGCAAGGACAUGGAAUGCGUGCCACGAAAACUGUGCCGCGACAACAUUAUUAUCGAUGAUGGUCGCUAUCUUGUGCAUCCCCGCCUCGGCGAUCAGCCGUGCACAAAAGCCCUGCAUCGCUGCUGUGCUGUGGACCAGCGAGUGGCCGCCAAUGAGAGCUCGUACGCUGUAAAUCUGAAUAAUUUCAAGUACCUAGGCUGCGGGCAUAGCAAUCCCAAGGGCCUUAUCACGGAUUUUAAGUACCAAGAGGAUGUUGCGGUCUUUGGGGAAUUUCCCUGGAUGGUGGCGCUGCACACCGGACGCAAUCAGUACCUAUGUGGCGGUACGUUGAUUCAUCGACAACUGGUUCUGACGAGUGCCCACAAUAUAAGGAACCAAACCGUGGACACUCUGGUAGCACGAGUUGGUGACUGGGAUCUGAGCAGCGUCGACGAACCAUACGAGUUUCAGGCACGCCGCAUAAAGCAAAUAAUCGCGCACGAGGAAUUCGAUCCCGGUUCCCAUUACAAUGACAUUGCCCUGCUGGUGCUGGAUGAGCCCAUUGAUAUUCAGCCCCACAUUCAACCGCUUUGCCUACCUCCGCCAGAGACGCCCAAGCUGCUGGCGGAGUUACGGGAGGCCCUGUGCUAUGCCACAGGUUGGGGUAGUCGACUGCCGGACAGCAACAGGAAUGAGCGGCAGCUAAAGCGUAUAGAUUUACCCAUUGUCAGCAAGGCCGAGUGCCAGGGCAAUCUGAGACUCACACAAGUGGGUAGGCGAUUUCGACUGCGACCCAGCUUCAUCUGCGCUGGCGGCGUCAAAGGAAAGGACACGUGCAAGGGCGACGGCGGCUCACCGUUGUUCUGCACCUUGCCUGGGCAGACCGAUCGCUAUCGCCUGGCGGGCAUCGUUUCGUGGGGCGUUAGCUGCGCCGAGGAAGACGUACCGGCCGUCUAUGCAAACGUUCCAUACCUACGCAGUUGGAUCGACGAGAAAGUGAAUUCACUCGGCCUUGAAUUGGAGACCGUUUAGGCCAAUCAAUAAAAUACAAUCUGACAUUAUUUUGUUAAGCAA